AUGGCGAUUUUUUCAAGGAAAGUGAGAUUUCUUAUUAAAAAAUCGAAUUUGUCAGAUGCACAAAAAAAAUUGCUCGAGACGCCACCAGAAAUAGUGAAAAUGAAAAUUGACUAUUUGGUUUCUUUCUCUGAUAAACCAAGGGAAAAUCCACCAAGAGCACAAAAUCCUUGGAUAAUUUUUUUAAAAAACUUUGGUGAAUAUCUUAGAGAAACCUUUCCAGAUGAAUCUUUUCCUAUAGUAGUUAUUUCGCGUAGAGCAUCUGCUGUUUGGAGAGCAUUAGAAGACACGGAUAUAAUCAAAAUUUAUUUUGGAAUUUUGGCAAAAAUGGCAGAAGAAAAUCGUAAAAUAACUUUCCUCGAGAAUAAUAACAAUAGUCGCAUCAUUAAAACAAGUUCAAGUGGAAAAAAUUCAUUAUCAUUGCCGCCACCGCCAUCAACCUUUGUUUCUGGCAUUUACCGCAAUGAGUUUAUCAGAAAUUUUUUUAAUGGCUCAUCACCAAACACUAAUACUAUGAGUUCACAUCAAGAAGACGAUUGUGAAGAACCAUCAAAUGGAAAUGAGAUUAUUCAUCAAUACUAUUCUGGUAACCAAUCUACCCUUUAUUCUUUUUCCAAUGGCUUGUAA